GCUUCGUCUUUGUACCUCUCCUUUCCCGGACUGUGUUAACGCAGGAACGGAUCAUAAGUAGUUCAAGGUCCCUAUAAAACACAUUUAAUCUUUACUGAUUGAAUGCUUAUUGAGCACGAGCACUUGGAUUAUUGUCCUCAUUUCACCGUUCCCGUGGAUUGCACGGCGUGAAGUAGACGAGCGCGCGAACGAACUCUGCUGUUUCGGGAGAAGAAAACGGAUCGUUGUUGUUUGAAAUGUGUUAAUUCGGUUCCUUCAUUACGAGGGAGGAGCAAUGAGCGCGAAAACAACACUAGGUCGCUUUGUUUCUAACACACGGACCGGUGGAAGAUCAGAUUGACAUGUCGCGCGCUGCUGGAUUUGGAGAUAUCAUGAUAUGAUUUAUUCUGUCCUGCGUCGCGCUCACCAUUAUUCCUCCUGCGCCGUCUUUCUAACUAACUUAGAGAAGUGUUGUCCUGGGUUGACUGCAUUAUAUAUUCAUUUCACUUUCCUAACAAACACAUUUAUGCUGUUGUCUUCGGAUCUUCUUCGUGUACGGUGGUGCGUUUGGGGUGCUUUCACUUGAAGGGCGUAUUUAAUUAGUAUCUAGCGAUUUUGCAGUGAAGAAACACCCUUUAAACGUGUUAGAUCGUCUCUUUGACCGGGCAUCUUUGAGGAGGUACAGCGACCCACGUGGAAACACGGACUCCAAGGAGGGCAAGAUGGGCUGUUGCAGUGGUCGAUGUACGCUGGCCUUUAUAUGUGGCAUGCAAUUGAUCAGCAUCUUGGAAAGACAGAUAUUUGAUUUCCUUGGAUAUCAGUGGGCUCCAAUCCUUACAAACUUCAUCCAUAUUAUCACAGUGAUUCUAGGCCUCUUUGGGACAGUACAGUUCAGACCGCGAUAUGUCACCGGGUAUGCAGUCUGGUUGGUGCUCUGGGUUGCCUGGAACGUCUUCAUCAUCUGUUUCUAUUUGGAAGUGGGUGACCUUUCAAAGGACACAGACCUGAUCAUGACCUUUAACAUCUCCAUGCAUCGCUCCUGGUGGAUGGAGAACGGCCCGGGUUGCAGGGUGACCCCCAUGACCCCUCCACCCUCCUGGGCCCCGGAGGACCAUCGCUACAUCAGCAUUGCUGGCUGUCUGAUGGAGUACCAGUAUGUGGAGGUGGCUCACAGUUCCAUGCAGAUUAUCCUAGCUCUUGCUGGGUUCAUCUAUGCAUGUUAUGUUGUGAAGCUCAUUUCAGAAGAGGAGGACAGCUUUGACUUUAUAGGAGGGUUUGAUUCAUAUGGUUACCAAGGGCCACAGAAAACCUCCCAUUUGCAACUACAACCGAUGUACAUGUCAAAGUAAUGGAUUAACUGCCUUAUCAACUAAUCAAAACGAAGAACUGAUGUUCGAACAUUGUCUUUCAACGUUAAUGUCUUAACAUAAUUGUGUCUUAUGAACUGUUGGAGGAACACGAAACUGACACUUUAACCUCAAAGUCUCAAGCGACAGCGGAUUUUUUAUUUUAUUUAAUUUUUUUGUCUAUCCCCAGUCCUUCCUCCUUCAGAGCACCAGAGCAUCGCCGUAGAGCUGGGAGAGCCUCCUUGUGGCUGAGACCCUCUUUGCCACUAUCAUCAAUACAAAACAAUUCUUAGCGAAGGAGCAAACUUAGUUGGUCUCUGUGGAUGCCAGUGGAAAGAUCUUGAGCACAGCAGCAAUAAGAAAGACUUGGAAUCGUGCAGUGGAGCAAAUGGACUUCAAGUGUGUUUUGACUGACUUUCCUGGAAACCAUCCAUAACUUAAAAGAAUGUUAAUUAACCAGUCAGUAUGAUAUUACCUUAUCUGAAGUAGGAUAUUACCUACAAUCUUCAAACAGUGACUGGAGUGAAUUCUUGUGGAGACUUUUUAUUUGGUUGUGUUUACAAAGGGUCAUUCCAAGCUUUGGGGUUAUCAUCGCACUGGGUUUCUUACAGUAUCUAAUCGCAACCCAGUUAGUUUCUCUUCUUUCUCCUGGAUGUACUUAUCUUGAAAGUGCCAAGAACCGUUACAAAAGCCGAAUAUUGAUAUCAGUAGCUGCUAAGAGACUCAUAUCUUUAGAGUUAAACAACAUUCAAAAAUACCUAUGAUUUUAUCCAUUAAUAACUCCACCAUGGGAUCAGCCGUAUUUGUUUGCAUGAGGUGUCAAAAUCAGUUGCGUAUUUAAUAUCUUUUAGCUAGAACUAGGCCAGCCUUGAAAGGGGUAACAGUUGGCCUAAAGGCGACUGUCCUUGCUCCAAAAGGUUAAUUGUGAAUAUUGUGUUUUUCUAAAGAUGGUGUUGAGUCUUGUUACAAGAUAAUGAAUAGACAAUUUUAAAUUCUUUCUAUUUUGAGCCUUUUUUUUAACAUGUGUGCCAGCUAGUGUUAACUAUUUUCUAGUAGAUUAUUAAUUUAUUAUGCCAUAUAAUUGGGCCUUUUUUUUUCAAUAUAAAUGUACAUAUUGAUGGGGUAAUCUUUGGAGAGGGGUAGGGAUAGAGAUGCAUUAUUAUUUGUAGUAUAGUGUGUGGCACUAUAGUCUACUAUGAGUCUACUCGGGUUAGAACUUUUUGUUUUCUGUAGACGACAGGAACCCAAUUUUUAAAAGCUUUUUAAAAUGGAUAGUUCACCCAAAAAUAUAAAUAUUGUCAUUAUUUACAUUACUCACCCUAUUGUUGUUCCUAACCCAUAUGAUUUUUUUUUUCUUCCAUGGAACAAUAUGAGGAUGAGUAAAUAAUGACAUAUUUUCAAUUUUGGGUGAAUUACCCCACAAUUGUUCCCCAACAGUAAAGUUGGCAACACUCACUAUUAACAGCCAAAGUUAUUCAGGUUUGUUAAAGGGAUAGUUUACCCCAUAUCAUCUUUUGAUAAUAAUGUGUAUUACUUUUAUGUGAUGUGUAGAUUUUUAGAAGAAUAUCUCAUUUCUGUAUGUUCAUGCAAUGCAAAUGAAUGGUGGUCAGACUUUUGAAGCUCCAAAAAUCACAGAAAGGAAACAUAGAAGUAAUCCAAAAGUCUCCAGUGGUUAAAUCCAAAUCUUUUAAACCAAUAUGAUAGAUGUGGAUGAGAAACAGGUCAAUGUUUAUGUCCUGUUUAACUGUAAAUCUUUACAUUCACUUUCACAUUCAGCCAACUACUGAUUGGGGCUGGUCAACGGUUGAAUUCGAUUUUUGGACCUUUUGAGUUCUGGUCACCAUUCACUUGCAUUGUGAGGACCAACAUAGCUGAAAUAUUCUUUUAAAUCUUAAUUUGUGUUCUGCAGAAGAAAGAAAGUAAUACACAUCUGGGAUAGCUUGAGGGUGAGUAAAUGAUGAGAGAAUUUUCCUUUUUGGGUGAACAAUACCUUUAAGUCUCUGAUUUAGCUGUACUGUAUGGCUUCUUUUGUAACCUGGGACAAAUUAAGAGACACUGGAAAAGUUUCACUGGAUUUACUAUAGAUAUGUGUUUGAGUAAAAUUAACUUUUUGGUUUUAUUCUAUAAAGUACUGACAACAUUUCUCCCACAUUCCAAAUAAAAAUAUUGUCAUUUAGAGCAUUUAUAUGCAGAAAUUGACAACUGGUCAAAAUAACAAAAAAGAUGCUGAAGCACCCCCAGAUCCUCACUGUUUCUCCACCAAAUUUCCCAGUGGGUGCGAGACACUGUGGCUUGAAGGUCUCUCCAGGUCUCCAUCUAACCAUUAUAUGACCAGGUGUAGUUCAGGGCAGAUUAAUCUUUGUGAAGUACACAUGAAUCAAGCCACGUACAAGGUUAUCCUGGAAGAAAAUGUACUUUCUUCUGCUCAGCAAAUGUCCCCAAACUCUGAGGAUUGUUUUUUUCCAGUAGGACAAUGCUCCAUGAAACACAGCCAGGUCAAUCAAGUUGUGGAUGGGGAAACACCAGAUCAAGACCAUGUCAUGGACAGCCCAUCUCCAGACCUGAACCCCAUUGAAAAUCUAUGGAAUGUGAUCAAGAGGAAAAUGGUUGGCCACAAUCAUCAAACAAAGCCGAGCUGCUUGAAUUUUUGCACCAGGAAUGGCAUAAAGUCACCCAGCAAUAUGAAAGACUUGUAGAGAGCAUGCAAAGAUGCAUGAAAGCUGUGAAUGAAAAUCAGGGUUAUUCCACCAAAUAUUGAUUUCUGAACUCUUCCUAAGUUAAAACAUUAGUAUUGAGUUGUUUAAAAAUUAAUAUGAACUUGUUUUCUUUUCAUUAUUUGAGGUCUGAAAACACUGCAUCUUUUUUGUUAUUUUGACCAGUUUUCUGAAAAUAAAUGCUCUAAAUGACAAUAUUUUUAUUUGGAAUU